AUGAUCCCCGAAGAUGCUCUGGACCAGGACAGCAUCCAGCGCAUCUGUAAAAAGAUCGACGCAAAACUGAUCGCGGUUAAAUCCGGGCACCACGACCCGUCUGCGCCAUAUCCUUACACUGAUGAAUACUCGCACGCUCUUCCAACCAGCCGAAACGAUCGCUCCCCAACACUGCGCUCGGAAUCCAUGCCGUCGAUGUCCAAAGUCGACACUCGUCGCUCCCGAGCGGCUUCUGUUCCUCCCGCGACGAUCCCGGAAAGACCAACUCUCAACACCGUCAUAUCCUGGACUUCCAAUGCAACGCGGCGCGUCGAGUACGAGAAAAUCGACCGUGCCCACAGCGGCGUCCGGGGUUUCCUGCGGCGAAUCCUGCCCCGGCGUCUUCGAAGCAAGGAUGGACGGCGGGGCUUCUUCACGGGUGAGUGUGACGGAGACAGCGUGAGGAGGUUUCGGUUGGACGUUAGCGAUGACGAUAGUGUCGCGGGGCAUCAGGAAGAGGAGGAUGCCACGCGCAAGGUAUCUGAAGGUGUCGAGUAUGAAGAUGAGAAGGGUGGAUCAAGGGUGAAAGUGGAGGUGGCAGUGGAAGAGGGAGACGUCCAUCGUCGCAAAAGCAGAACCAAAGCCACCAAGGACGGGGAAGAGGACAAGGCGAAAACUCGAAGGUGGUCGUGUUUCGACUUAUAA